CUCUCAUUCAUUACAUUCUUUAGUCUGCUUUACGCAUUCAAUUUUUGUUUCCAACACUCACUACAUUCAUUCAGCCUCUUUAUCAAGUAUAUUACUUUCGUCUUUCAAACUUUCGAUCCAUCAACAACCGUCAAAAUGAAGUUCACUAUCGUCGCUGCCAUUGCUGCUUUCGUGGCCCCCAUUGCUGCCGGCCCUGCUGCCGCUACUCCCAACGAGUUCUUCAGCUUGACCAAGCGCGCCACCCUUCCGGUUCCCGCUUCCAAGGGCUCCGUCACCCUCAAGGCUGCCCAGACCAUCUCGGGCACCUUCGAUGGAGGCUUGAAGACCUACGGCCGUGGCAAGUCCUGCACUGGACAGGCCGAGGGUGGUGAUGCCGACGCUGUCUUCAUCUUGGAGAACGGCGCCACCCUGAAGAACGCCAUCAUUGGCAAGGAUCAGAUCGAGGGUGUCCACUGCAAGGGCGCUUGCACCAUCGAGAACGUCUGGUGGGUUGACGUUUGCGAGGACGCUCUCUCCCUCAAGGGCGACGGAAAUGCCUUGAUCAAGGGCGGAGGUGCUGCGGCCGCCAGCGACAAGGUCAUCCAGCACAACGGCAAGGGUACUGUGACAAUUCAAGAUUUCACCGUAAUGGACUUCGGCAAGCUCUACCGUGCUUGCGGUAACUGCAAGAACUCUGUUUCUCGCAGCGUUGUCAUCAAGAACGUCAAGGCCUACAACGGAAAGGUUCUUGCUGGCAUCAACCCCAACUUCGGCGGAACUGCCACAAUCACUGGAACAUGUGCUACCAGUGUCAAGACCAUCUGCGAGGAGUUCAAGGGCACCACCCCUGGCAACGAGCCCGCAUCCGUCUCCAAGGGACCCUCCAACUACUGCAAGUACACCGCCUCGGCCAUCAAGGCUUGCUAGACGGAUACACCGGUAUAUCAUACCAGCGAUAAGAUCAAACAUUAUUUUGAUGUGGUGGAAACUCAGCUUUGAAAGCGAAAUUUUGUACAUAUACUUCUAGAUCACGUGAGCACAUGCCGUG